AAGAAGCGGACGUAGUGCGAAGUUCUCAGUGAAGUUUACAUUCUUACAGUGUUAAAUAAUACGAUGUAUAGUCAAGGUUAUAAUCUGAAUACAAGUUUAAUGGCAAAUAAUCAAAUGAAUGUUGGUCCUGAGUUUUAUGGCUCAGGACUGCUGGUGAAGGCGGACUCGGCGGCCCUGAUGGCCACGCCCCCCGGCGGCCACAAGGUGGAGGACCACCAGUCCGCCGUGGCCAUCCCCGGCCACCACCCCCCGCCCCCCCAGCAGCUGGUCAACGGAUCCUCUGCUGUGUCCCAGGCAGGAUCUUCUGGCCGGUCCUCCCCCGCUGAGCGGUCUUCCCCCCCAACACUUUACCUCCCAUUUCCUCCACCAAGGAGCAGGGGGUUCGGGUUCAUCACGUUCGGAGACCCUAGCUCGGUGGAGAAGGUGAUCGCGGUGCCGAACCACUGCCUGGACGGCAAGAAGAUCGACCCUAAACACGCGACGCCCAAGAACCGCGGCCGCAGCAACAGAACCAAGAAGAUAUUCGUGGGGGGCGUGAGCCAGGAGACCAGCGCUGAGGAGGUCAAGCAGUUCUUCUCCCAGUACGGCAAGGUGGAAGAGGCCGUGAUGCUGAUGGACAACCAGACGAAGCGUCACCGCGGGUUCGGGUUCGUGACGUUCGAGUGCGAGGACGUGGUGGAGCGCGUGUGUGAUCUGCACUUCCAUAACAUCAAGAACAAGAAGGUCGAGUGUAAGAAGGCUCAGCCUAAAGAGGCUGUACAGGCUGCUAGCCUUCUUACCAAGAGGCUUAUGCUGCCUCAGCCUACACUUGCUGUUGGCAUGGGUAGCAUGGGUGCCACAGCAAUGCUGAGUGCUCAGCAAGCAGCAGUGCUCGCCUCAGCACAAGCAGCAGCCCUCAGCAGCUACGGCAAACUGCUGGGGGGUUCAUACCCUCCCCUCUCUGCAUACCGCUACGCCCCCUACCCUCUGCCCCCCUCAGCAGCAGCAGCAGCUGCUGCAGCUGCUCAGCAGCAGCACACACAGCAGCAGCUGCAGCACCAGUCAACAGCAGCCGCGGGGCCCAGCAGCGCGACACAUGCCAUGGUGGGGCAGCUCCCCCACCCCUCCCAGCCCUCCGUCUUCUCAUCCCCCAGCCUGGCCCCCUACGGUGCCGCUCCCCCAGGGGCCCUCGCCCCCCCUUACCAAGGCUACUCGCUCGCCAACGUCGACAUGAGUUCCUUCCAGGGCAUCGACUGGACCAACGUCUACAACGUCGGCAUGUACGCCUAACGCGGCCAACCUCUACAACGUCGGCGUCUAACGCGUACAGCGUGCAUCUCUUGAUGUUCUGUUUCACCGGACGAACUGCGGCGCAAAUCUGCGUCGUCUUCUGCAUUUAAUUUAACUUCUCUUAUUUUCAACAAGGCUCCUUUACCCUCAGCAGUGCGCCCUUACCUCAGCAAGCCUCUUUUGCCCGCAGCAAGGCUCCUUUGCCCUCAGCGAUGCGCCCUUACCUCAGCAAGACGCCUUUGCCCUCAGCUUAAGCCUAUUACCCUCGUACGAGCACUCCUUCCCUCAGCCACCAACUUGUCAUGUUCCCCAACUGAAUAUUUAUGUUAACAUAAUGCCGACACAUUUCUUCGAUGUUGCGUUAUGUUGAGGCAUGUUAACUGAUGUUUGUAACAUUAUUAGACGCGCUUUGUAAACUUACGAUGGUCAUAAGUGCGGCAACAUACCUAAAUGGAAUCAGAAUCACUUACGUGUUCUAGAUAGACGAAUAUCUGUAUUCUUAUUCAGAAUUACACUUCUAUGUAACUACUAGGUGUAUUUUUCUAGGCUUUACUAGGCACUCUGGAUGCAAGAUCUUACCCUGGCAUCUAGGCAUACUAAAUGAUAAAUGUUUCAACGCUUGCGGAAAUAGUUUCAAUUAUUGAAAAUUGUCGAAAAUUUUGUAGCUUUAGAGAAAUACCGCUUCGUUCUUGGAAUUCAUUUAAAAUGCUUGAAUUUUAUUCUGUAAAAAGGAAAUAUUUUGAAAAUUUGUAGAAUAGGAAAUUUCGUACGUCCUCCUGUGGUAUUUUUUGGUAAUAUUUUUUUUUGCACUAUCACGCAUUUUGCCUUCUAUUACAGUGCUGGAGACCUCUCUAUUUGAGCUAGUAACCUCUCUAUUAGUGCUAGAGACCUCUCUAUUAGAGCUAGUAACCUCUCUAUUAGUGCUAGUGAUCUAUCUAUGCAAAUCACCCUAGAUUUUCAUGUCCAGAUCUCGUGUUAGUUGCAAAUGUCUGUUAUUUUUUUUUU